GGUCGUGGCAACCGCAUUUUCCGCACUGCUGUCGUGAUCGUUUGUCCCUGUGACAACUGGCAGCCCGCCGACACCACAAGAGCGUGUCGAUUUGUCGACUGCGGGCUUCUUGAGAAGAGAAGAGUUCCCAUCCUCCGAGGCGCUGUCGAUGAGAGAGAAUGCUCGCCACGCCGAAACCACAAUCUCCCAACUGAUCCUCUGCAAUCUUCACCCUCUCCCACCCCACCGCCAGCCAGACCCUCCCUGCGACCUUUCUCCCGUCGAAAAUCAUCCGACAUGCAUUCACGCAACGAGGACCUGCAGCGCCAGAUCAACUCACUCCAAUUCCAACUCAACGCCAAAGAACGUCAUACCGAGGCUGCGGACCGGAGAGCGAGAGAAGCAGAGCAGAGGGAGGCGCAUUUGAAGGAGCUAGCGCGGCGGUUCUGGAGGGAUGAAUGGAGCGGGAUGAAGGAUUAUGUGGGGUUGUUCAACAACGGAGAUAGGAAGGAUAUCGAUGAGAUUGAAAAAAGGGUGAGGGCCGAGUAUGGGGAGUUGUUUGGCAGUGACACGGAGGGGAGGGAGCGCGGCGAGCGAUGAAAUUGGCGCCGAGGAAGGCGGCGGGCGGGGUGUGCUGCACUACGUGUACGAAUCGGCGCUCUGGCAAAGCAUUUGAUGAAGUAGGUGGCAUGGGAUUUGCGAUGACGCAUACAUGGAAUGAUACCCGGGUUGUGCUUGAAUAAUCGCCUAUGCGUGGAAAGAGAAAUGCGCAACUCCCCAAAUGCCUGCUGGUAAUUUAGGUUAAUCCCAUACAUACUCAUAUGGGCGCAGAAGAAAUGUAUAAGCAGAUUUAUACAUUCUUGC